AAUGUUCAUCUUCCCCGAUCCCCUUUGUUGUUUGCUUUUUCUCUCAGCUCACCACAAAAUUGCUGCUACCUGUAGUCAGCCCCGCAUCUUGUUUUGCCAUAGGUUAGCCAUCGAUGGUCAUCGGUCUGCUGCUCAAGGAGCUCUCACGCUCGAUCGCCGCAUGGACGCCGGCGAGCUCGAGGUCUUCGACGCCGGCCGUUGCACCGACGGAUAUCAGCUGGGCCUCGCGGUGGGCCAGCUGUUCCGCGAGACGAUCUGGAGCAGGAUGCUAGUGGACGUCUUCCUGCACAAGCAGCUGCUGCCGUUCGCGUCCACGGCGGCGGGCAAGCCGCUCCUCGCCGCGCUCCAGGCCGUCGUGAUUCUGGUCAACCUGAGGAAGGAGCUUCGUCCGUUCAUCCCAAAGAAGGGCCAUGAACGGAGGGAGGAGCCCGAGGACGACUGCUCCGACAUCCUGAUGGUGAGCGAGUCGACGGCUUUUGCGGCGCACAACGAAGACGCAUAAGUAUGUUGACGCUGUUUUCUUCCCCAAGCGCGCAUGUCGAGGCAGCUCUGCAUAUCUGUCAGGAACAAAGCACCUGACUAACUGAACCAAGCAAUUUAAGGUGGAAUUUAGACAAGAAA